UCAUACUCUCUGCUUCCUCCUCUAUCCUUACAUCCAACAAUUUAAAAAGAUUCUUAUUCUCUCUUCUCUCUUCUUUCUUCUCUCUUUACAUCACAACCAAAUACCAAUCCACACUCUUUCUCCACUUCCCUUCCUACCCACCAACUUCCCUUCACAAAGUUUCAAUCUUUUCCUCUCCCACUAACCAAAAACCGCGUCUUUCAUCAACAAAUCCAACUUUUCCGCAUCUGGGUAUUUUCCAUUUUUUAUUUUGUUUUCAAUUUAUUCUCUGUCACUAGUUGUCACUUGAGGCUCUGCCACGUGUUGCGGUUUUGAGGGAAAUGUGGGAUGUUUUCGUGGCUGGCAAGGAUAGUGUCGGCGUGCUUGAGACCGGUGAGGCGCUAUGCACGUAUGAACAAGGAUGAUUUCGAUGAUGCAUCCACAAUUGGAGAUGCUCUCAUAUGGUGUAAGGACCUUGAGAAGCACUCGUGUGGGGAAUUUUCCUUCGCCGUGGUUCAGGCCAAUGAAGUUAUUGAGGAUCAUAGCCAGGUUGAGACCGGUUCUGAUGCUGUAUUCGUUGGUGUUUAUGAUGGACAUGGUGGUCCUGAAGCUUCUCGCUUCAUCAAUGAUAACCUCUUCCAUAAUCUCAUGAGGGUUGCUCAAGAAAAUGGUUCUAUCUCUGAAGAUAUUAUCAGAAAUGCUGUUUCUGCUACUGAAGAUGGGUUUCUGACUCUUGUUCGAAGAAGUUAUGGAAUAAAGCCAUUGAUAGCAGCAAUGGGUUCUUGUUGUCUGGUUGGUGUUGUUUGGAGAGGGACAUUGUAUAUUGCGAAUCUUGGAGACUCUCGUGCUGUAAUUGGUUCUAUAGGUAGAUCUAACAAGAUCGUUGCGGAACAGUUGACUAAAGAGCACAACGCUAGCAAAGAGGAGGUUAGACGAGAACUCAGAUCUUUGCAUCCAGAAGAUUCGCAAAUUGUAGUUAUGAAACAAGGAACGUGGCGCAUUAAAGGAAUCAUCCAGGUAUCCAGAUCUAUAGGAGAUGCAUAUUUGAAGCGGCCAGAGUUUUCUUUUGAUCCUUCAUUCCCACGGUUCCACCUUCCUGAACCUAUCCGCCGGCCCGUGCUGACAGCCGAACCAUCUGUAUGUUCAAGAGUUUUACAACCUAAUGAUAAGUUCAUUAUCUUUGCAUCUGAUGGGCUUUGGGAACACAUGACAAAUCAGGAAGCUGCUGAGAUUGUUUAUAACAAUCCACGAUCGGGUAUUGCAAGACGGCUUCUUAAGGCAGCUUUAAGCGAGGCAGCAAGGAAAAGGGAAAUGAGAUAUAAAGACCUUCAGAAGAUUGGAAAGGGGAUCAGGCGUUUUUUCCAUGAUGAUAUCACUGUGAUUGUUGUCUUCAUUGACCAUGAGCUGCACAGUAAGAAGGUUACGGUUCCUGAAUUGUCCAUCAAAGGGUUUAUUGACACAGUUGGAUCAUCAAAUUUUAGAAAUUUCCGCGCAUUGGAUUGAGUACAAGGUUCUUUUCUAGAACUAUAGCCAACAAACUUGACUGGCUUAUGCUUCAUUGUCCAAAAGGAAGCUAAGAAAAUUCAAUACUUCAUUAGACAUUUUUGCAGCAUCUAAUUGUUGUUUACUUUGAACAUUUCUUCUCACUUUUAAAGGUUCUUCCUUGCUUAACUCU